UUUUCGGCUGCCAUCUGAGGAAGGCGGAAGUGCAAAAAGAUGGCGGAAAAAAGUAACUUAGAAGGAAGAAGAGAGAAGCUUGCUACCUACUUACCUUUCGAUGCCUCAGAAACUCCUAAGUGGCGUACGAAAGAAGAAGUGCCAAUUUCAGAAAUGAUUAGAAAAAUAAUGGAUUAUCGCAAGAAAUGGGAAGAAGCCAAGAGUGCUAAUGUGUACGAUGAAAAGUUGGUUGAAAAAGUCCGGAGUCAGUUCCUUGUUGAGUUUAUAUUCCACGUUAAUAUGGAAGAAGAGAAAGGUUUUGGCACUUUUGAAGAGACAGAGGAAUUUCUAAACAGUUUUCACGCGCGAGGAGGUAAUUUGCAACGCCCCCUCUCUAUCACUGAGCAAGAAACUAUAAACUUAAGAAAAGCGUAUGAACACUUGCUAGGAAAAAUGGAGAGGGAAGAAGAAGAAAGCGAUUACGGACUUAUAGAGAGUAGCCUGCUGGAGGAGACGCAUCGUAUACUCAUGGAAGACACUGAUCUUCCACAGGGCAAAACGAAGCCUGGUAAAUUUAGCGUGGAAAGGCGUUACGUCGAAUUUAACGGGGAACUUUACAAGUACCCACACUACCCCAAACCUGGAGACAUGGAAACGGCUGUCUACAAAUUACUUGACAAGUAUAAUGACAUGUUCGACCUUUGUACCAAAGGUGGGCUAAAGGAGUUUGAAGACUUCUACUAUCUAUUUAAAACCUGUGCUUGGUUGCUGUUUGAACUUCUUGAUCUUCACCCAUUUGGAAAUGGAAAUGGGAGACUUUGUCGAAUCCUUUGCAGCUAUUUGCUUUCAAAGUUUACUCCAUUUCCAACACCAGUUUACAAUGUCUGGACUGAGUCCCGUAAAAACGAUUAUAGGCAAGCACUGGUUGAUACCAGAAAGAGUGAAGGUAGACAGCCAACUACCCUGACAACAAUGAUCAUAGAGUGUAGUUACUACGGUUGGGGAAAGUUUUUUGAAGCGUUGGAAGAAAACAAAGGAAUGGAUUUGCUCAUUUUGACAGACAGGAUGUGCAAUAGUUACAAACUAGAUGGUGGGAUGCGGGAUGGAAACAGAAAAUCAUGCGUUACAGAUGUUACAAGGAGAACUGCCACGCUAAACAAGCAGGAUCGAGAUAAAAAUUCUUAUUGAGGUGGGAUGGCAGGCCUAGGAUUAAGCCAAAAAUAGGACAUACGGGAUGCAGACGCAGGAUUGGAAAAACGUAUUGUAACGUGCGCGGGCGACAACAACUUCCAGUCAAGGAGUCCAACAGCCAACGGUUUAAUUACUUGACUCUCAACGUUUACCUUACUUGUACAUGGCAAGUCUACUAACACACACGCUACUACAUUACGUGAGUCUCCCCAUAAGAGGUACCAAGAUCCUGUUUUGUGGGUGUGGCUUGAAUUCUUUUUCACCCCUAAGUUGCACCAAUUCUGAGACAAUAAAAAAUCAGUUGAUUUUCAAAUAU